AGCAAUCAUCGUAACACAUCUCCCUGCCCCAACUGUGAAUCUGUGAUCUCUUCUCCCUUCUCCCAAUUUUCUAUCCCUCCCCAGUCCGGCAGUCCCCAUCUACGGCCGGUGCUUAUUUCUUCUUCUAUAUUCGCUGUUAAGAGAGCGAGAGCAGAAGCUAGCUCCAACUGCAACCAUGGCGGACUCUUCUUCUGCUUCUUAUAUCCAUAUGGUGCAGCACAUGAUAGAAAAGUGUCUGCUAUUCUACAUGACCAAAGAAGAGUGCGUGGAAGCCCUCUCCAAACAUGCAAAUAUCAAGCCUGUAAUAACUUCCACAGUAUGGAAAGAAUUGGAGAAAGAGAACAAGGAAUUCUUCGAAGCAUACACGAGGAGCAGGGAAGAUCGGAUGGCCCAAGUGGAGACAAGGCAAAUGAUCCAAAAGAUGCUCACCGAUUCCGACGGCCACAACUAAGUGCUAACUAACUAGUGAGAUGCAAAUAUGCAAUAAUAUCAAUUAAAGUAAAAGAUGAUCACGACGAUCUUCGUCUAAUGGUGGGGGAGGACCGGAGGAGGAGAGUACUCAGUACUCUGACUGUAGGUGCCGUUCCCGUGCUGCUGAUGACCGUCUGACCGACUGAAGGAGCUUUUUACAUUUUUGUUCAUCAGCUGCUGCCCGUUCCAUAUCUGAUUAUGUAUUUACAUGUAUAGUAAGUACCAUAUGAUGAUUAAGGCAGAAGAGAGGAGACAGGGCAGAUGGGAGAGGGAAUUGAUCAUGGUUGGAUUAUGUGUUGUCCCCACGCUCAUUUACCCCUAAUAAAUUUUAUCUAUUCCAUUCCAUUAAUG